CAACGAACCGAGCGGCUUGCGCCUCGGAUCGGUUGUUUCUUUUUCUUUUAUGGUAACCGUCAGUUCGUUUGGUGGGUUUUGAGAUUUUUUAAAAACUGUACAGCCCGUACUAUAGCGUGCCGGCUUCGGGUUUCGAUCGGUUUACGUGGUUGUGGGGUGUUUUUUAAGUGUGCCUAUGCUUCGGGGAGUUCGGAGUUUCCCUUACGAUACACCUCUCCCUUCCCAACGGUGCAACGGUGUUCGGCGUUUGAGCGCGGGACGAAGAGAAGAAAACCUCGGCUCGGCUGCACCACCGCCUAGGCGAAACGGGGAAAAUAAGUGGUCCGCGUAUAAAACGGAGCAAACGGAUCCGUUUCAGUCACAGUUCGAUCUUGGCUUCUUGGCACGCACAAACAGCGGGUGCUAAGAAACUAGACGCACCAGGCAACCUUUUCCUUCGAGUGUCCUUUUCUCUAUUUUGUACAUCACUGUGUGCUUUUCUUUCACAAAAUAAUUUCAACUUAAAACCAUCGUUGGCGGAGAAGAUAGCGAGUGUUUGCAGCGCGGCCAGUGCUAACUAGUGCCCAAUUAGAGGAUUUUCUUACAUACACGACCAAGAUGAUGCUGUUUGUAGUAGCAUCAGCGUUGAUCGCCCUUGCCCAGGUCGAUGCAGUGAAUGUGGCCACCUCGUACAGCGUGGUCCAUCACGAUCAACCGGCCGUACAGCCAAGGCUGCUGCAGAAAGCUUCCCACGUGUAUGCACCGGCCGCUCACGUCGUUACCGCCAACCAUUACAGCCAUGCUGCUGCUCCGCACUACGCCCCGCUGGUUAGCAAAACCCGCUACACCGUACCGUUCCUGAGUGCGCUGCAGGCUCAGCCUCAGUGCCCAGCACCACCGGCAUGCGAGAAGUCGCGCUACCGCACCCUGGAUGGCUCGUGCAAUAACCUGCAGAACCCGACCUGGGGUACGCCGAACCGUCGGUACGGUCGUCUGCUGACGCCCAAGUACGGUGAUGGUAUCUCGCUGCCGACCGUGUCCGUUACUGGCCAGGAGCUGCCUAAUGCCCGUGUCGUUUCGCUGGUCGCUUUCGGUGAGCAGGACAUCCCCGAUCCGGAGUACACUCUCGCUAACAUGCAGUGGGGACAGAUCAUGACGCACGACAUGAGCAUGCAGGCUGGCGGUACUCAGUCGAAGAAACACCCGACCCGUUGCUGUACCGAUGAAGGCAAGCUGAUUGGCAAGGAGCGUGCACCGAGCAGCUGUUACCCGAUCAUCGUCCCCGAGCACGAUCCGGCCCACUCGCAGACGGAAACGGAGUGCAUCAACUUUGUCCGCACGCUUACCGACCGGGAGGACCAGUGCACGCCGACCCAUCCGAGCCAGCCCGCCGAACAGUUGACGACCGUCACCUCCUACCUGGACCUGUCGCUCGUAUACGGCAACUCGGAUCAGCAGAACGCUGGCAUCCGUGCCUUCACCGGUGGACGUAUGGCGGUGGUCGAGCGCGACGGAUACGAAUGGCCCCCGAACAACCCGAACGCCACGACCGAGUGCGAGAACGAGUCGCGUGACGAGGUGUGCUAUCUGGCCGGAGAUUCGCGUGUCAACCAGAACCCGGGCCUGACGAUCAUGCAGAUCGUGCUGCUGCGCGAGCACAACCGCAUCGCCGACCAGCUGCAGAAGUACAACCCGCACUGGGACGAUGAGCUGCUGUUCCAGGAGGCGCGCCGCAUCAACAUUGCCCAGUACCAGCACAUCAACUACUACGAGUGGCUGCCGAUCUUCCUCGGCUGGGAGAAUAUGGUCAAGAACCGUCUGAUCUACCGUGUGAAGGGCGGAGAGUACAUCAACGACUACGACCCGAGCCAGGACCCGUCAGUGCUGAACUCUCACGCUACUGCUGCCUUCCGUUACUUCCACUCGCAGAUCGAAGGACGUCUGGAUUUGGUUUCGGAGAUCCGCAAGCCGACUGGUUCGCUGCGUCUGAGCGACUGGUUCAACCGUCCCUCGAUCAUUGAAGCCGGCGACAACUACGACUUCCUGACGCGCGGUCUUGCCACCCAGCCCGAGGAGCUGACCGACACGAACUUCGACGCCGAGAUCAAGCACUUCCUGUUCCGUCGCGGUCGUCCGUUCGGAGGUGAUCUGCGUGCCAUCGACAUCCAGCGCAACCGUGACCAUGGUCUGGCCGGCUACAACGAUUACCGCGAGUUCUGCGGCUUCAAGCGUGCCUCCACCUGGGAGGAUCUGAUGGAUCUGAUCUCGCCGCAGGACGUUUCGAAACUGCAGUCCCUGUACGCUAGCAUUGACGAUAUCGAUCUAACGGUCGGCGGUUCGCUCGAGGCCCACGUCAACGGUGCCCUCGCCGGUCCCACCUUCCUGUGCAUCCUGACCGAGCAGUUCUAUCGCACCCGUGUGGCCGAUCGGUUCUUCUACGAGCGCGGCGACAAGGAUCUGGCCUUCACUCGCGAACAGCUGGCUGAACUGCGCAAGGCCAGCAUGGCCCGACUGUUCUGCGACAACGGCAACCACGUCGCGUCGAUGCAGCCGAAGGCGUUCCUGCGAAUUUCCCACAGCAACCAGGUCGUGCCGUGCUCGCAGAUCCCUGAGGUCGAUCUGUCGCUGUGGAAGGACCUGUCGUACGACAACAGCCUGAACUCGUUCCACUACUACCACAACUACAAGAAGUAGGCUCGUUAUCGUAUCCAGUAUUGAUCGCACUGCCCGUGUCUCUCUUUCCCUCCCUUCGCUUGGCGUGCGGGUGAGUGCGAUCAUAGUACGUGUGUAGACAUUUUGCACACGCAACGUGUAUAACGUUUGUUUAGAUUGUGUUUUUCCCGCAUCCUUCCUUCCCACACACACACACACUCUUUGUUAUUAUUAUUUUGGCCAUCUUCUUCUAAUCACCUAAAAGUACUCCUGCAGCGACUCGCACGGAGAUGGCGCACGCUUUUUUUGUGAGUGAUUUUGCAUAUCUAAAGUGAAGUGAAUAGAAAAAUACUCCUCGUACCACCACGAUGCCACGAUGUUGGGCCACAUAAAAUCAUAAUCCCCCUUCAGUCUUUGAUCGACACUGGAUAACUACUCAUUGCACACACACACACCCACAUCCUUAGUGCACUGAUCGACCUCAUUCAGCCGCGACCGGCACGUUCCACUUUUUGUUUCACACCUUCUCCCAUACCAAACAAUCGAUUGCCAGUGCGUACUAAAGUAAGAAAGGCAGCCAAUUGGAAGAAGAUUGUUGUCGGAUUUUGUUGUAUUAUUUUUUUGUUUGUUUGCCAUAUGUUCGUUCUUUGGGCCGGUUUGUAUAGCCGAGCUAUAAGCCGAAACUUAGCCACAUUAUCCCUCCUGGCGUGCACGUUUUCUAUGAUUUGAUUUAUAUUUUGUUUUGGCUCAGACCAUCACACAACUACCGUAUCACCGGCUUACAAAAAGUAAUCAAUGAAAAAAGUGAAAAAUGCUGGCAGUUAUGCAGCAUCCAACACGAUAGCACGAAACAUUGAGCAAACUCAAUCGAUGUCACUUACCGACCAGGCCAUGAUAGGCCUUCGCACCAUUCAAACGAUUCAUCAUCCGCCGAACGACCUCCCAUCCUCAUGCUCCUUUCUUCUUCCAUACCGAAUAGUGUAGUGGUAAAACGAAAUAGUGUUAUUUAAAGACGAAAUGAAAUUAUAUUAGCUGUA